CUAUGUAUUUAUUGUUAUUUCUUAAUGAAAAUGUAUUUUACAGAAUAACAUUCUAGAAAGAAAAGAUCGGAAGAAAGUAUGUAAUUAAAUCAAAUCCUAUUUAGAGGAAAUUGAGUCAGUGAUUACGAUAAUAUUUAUAAUCCUGAUAUACGAAAUGUAUUUUAGGACGUCUUCUGUACGUCAAAAGCAGCUGUUACUGAACCUGUAAAACGUUUAAUUGACAUAUUGUCACUGUCAAUAAUGUAAAUAAAAUUAGUGAUUGUAAUAUUUUAUAUAUAAGACAAGAUUCAAAUAGCUUGUUUUGAAUGAUUAGUUCUUAACGUUUGUUAUAACAAGAGUAUAUUCUUGACAUCAUAAUUACUUGAACAUGGCUGCAGCGUUUCAGCAGCAGAUAUUUGCCCUAGAUGCGCGGUUUAAUGCCUACAGAGCACCAGGAAACCCCAACUUUAAAACUUUGUAUAUACGUCGCAGGAGUCAACUUUUAAGAGAAAAUGCAAAAUUUAAGGAUAUAGAUACAAUCAGAAAGUACAUAAAUAUCAGAAGUCAGCUGUUACAGAGAAGAUAUGGAGUGCAAGAUAAUAUCUCUAUCAGUUCAUCAUCAUCUCGACAAAGGUCAAGUAGUAAAGCUAGCCUACCUGUUGAGGAGAGUGUCACAAUUAAUGCUAAGAAAAAGAAUGAUAUGACAAUAUCUGAAAACUACGCUUUCUCUGGAGUUCAUCACAUAUUUGAUCAGCACACGGACCAGGUGAGUAUGGUGAAGUUCGCCAACAACGACCGCAGCAAGCUGUGCUGCGUGUCGCACGACGGCACGGUGUCCGUGUGUGACGUCACCGCCUCGCCGCCUCGCGUCAGCUACGUCCUGCGUGGACACACCAAGCCCGUCACAGGCUGCGACUGGUCGGCGUCCAACGAGGUGCUGGUGACGUGCGCGCUGGACGGGCUGCUGCUGGUGUGGGACGCGCGCGCGGCGCGGCGCCUGCGCAGCGUGCCCGACCAGCUCAACGCGCCGCUGCUGUGCUGCGCCUUCCAGCCCGCCAACAACAACAUGCUCAUCGCUGGUAAUGCGAGAGGAAUGGUUGAAGUCCUCAAUGUGUCGACGGGAAUAUAUCCUAGAGGUGGCAGUAGUAUUUUAGGAGGUCGCGUAAUGGCGAUUGCGUGCGAGUCCAGCGGUAGAAUGUUCUGGGCUGCGAAUGACAAGGGGGUGAUCGUGUCAUAUCGUAUGUCGGGGGCGGGCGGCGCGCUCAGCAAGCUCCGUCGCUGCUGUGUGGGCGGUGCCGUCACCAGCCUCGCCUGGAGCCCGUGGCUGGCGCGCCACCCCGCGCUGUUAGUCAGCGCCGCCGACGACUCCCUCUACUUGUUCCGCGUGGCGGGCGGCGAGGGCGCGCUGGCGCCGGCGAAGCGCUUCGAGACGGCGCACCGCUCGCAGCUGGUGCGCUCGUCGUUCUGCCCGCUCAUGUCGUUCCGGCGCGGCGUGUGCGUGGUGAGCGGCGCGGAGGACGCCUGCGUCUACUUCCUCGACAUCGAGGGCCGCGCCGACCACCCCGUCGUCAACAAGCUGCAGGGGCACGCGUCUCCGGUAUUGGGAGUGAGCUUCAGCUACGACGAGAGCCUGCUGGCCACCAGCGACGCCGCCGGCCUCGUCAUCAUCUGGCGUCGCGGCUGACCUCUGUGCUUGCUAUACUCACUUAGGGACCGGGCCAUCUAUAAAUCACACUUCAUGGUAGGGAUCCACGAAGUGUGAUAUUGUGUGACAGGGGUAGGAGGGGUCCAAAAAUUUGUAGGCACGUUUUAAAGAAUAUCUAAUUGUAAGUAUUAUAACAUGAUAUUUAAAUACAAACCUAUUGACGGUUAACUUAAAAAGAAAUAAAAAAUUAAAGUUUAAAUUAUUUAGUAGGAGAAUUGACUCUCGUACUAGUGUAGGAGCCGACCUUUUAUUUUGAUAAUAUUUAUAAAUUUUUAUACUCAUUGAUAUUGGUUAAUUGAUGUUGAUUUUGUAGAAAAAUAAUUUAAAACGGUAUAAAAAAUAAUGUCAAAACUGAUGUGUAAAAUUGCAAAUACGUGAAGUUACACAAGUUGGGGUCGCAUAAAUGUACUAAGGGUCUCAUAAUGUGUCAUAAAGUACGGGGGACGGCUCAAAACAUCAUAAAAGUCGUGUGACGUAAUUUAUUGAUUGCUCCUUAUACUGUUACUGCAUUCCAUUAUAGACUCUAUCCACUACUCUGUACUUAAGAUCUAUUGAAGCCUUGUUAAAUCAACAUAUGAAUGUAUUAUUUAUUUUGUUCUACAUGGCUGUUCUGCUGUGGACGUAAAUAAAAGUCAUAUAAAGUCA